CCGGAAUCGUUUCCUGGGUAAGCGCAGCGGCUGGGAAGCGUUUCCGGCAGGCUGGCCGCAUCCCGCAGCGGGCUACGGGCGCCUCCGGGGCAGGCGGCGCAGCGCGGAGCGGAGCGGCGGGCAGGGCUCUAUCUCUUUGGCCAGUGAGGACUGGAAAAGCCACCAGCUCAUUUGCAACGCAAGAAGCUGUGCUGGAGAAGUGUUCCCUUGUGCUGAGCAGAGGCUCUUUAAGUUGAAAUGAGGAGACUUGCUUGAAAAUGUGAACAAGCUACAUUCUGUGUCAUGGGGAAGGUCUGCAGUAAAAAGCUUUCCUGAUUUCUGCAACAACCCAAGGGGGUGCUGGUGCCCAGGACUGCAGGACUUGGUGCUCUGGUACGGGCUUCCCACCCACGAGCUGGGGACAUUAAGCAUUUCGAUCUGCACUUUGGAAGCAGCUGACAGCGCGCGGUAAUGUGCUGACUGGCACUAUGGGCAGGCGGUACCCGGGGGCUCACUAUCGGCCAAGCAGCUCAUUGUCUUCUACAGCCAAGUUUGCUGCUUGUUGAAGCUGAGCCCAUACUUCAGUGUAAUAUAGAUGCCAAUUUCAAAUUAUAAUCUAUUUCCUGAUGCAUUGCUGACGCCCCGUGAGCCAUGUCAGAAGUACUUCCAGUCGAUUCCGGUGUGGACGCGUUGGCAGUGUUUAUGGCAAGCGGCAGCACGACGGACGUUGUGAACCGCAACAGCCCUGCCACCCCACCCAACACCCUGAACCUGCGCUCUUCGCAUAACGAACUUCUGAAUGCGGAAAUCAGGCACACGGAGACCAAGAACAGCACUCCUCCAAAAUGCAGGAAAAAAUACGCGCUGACUAACAUUCAGACAGCCAUGGGUCUUUCCGAUCCCGCAGCGCAGCCCCUCCUGGGGAACAGCUCUGCCAAUAUAAAGCUGGUGAAGAAUGGAGAAAACCAGCUCAGGAAAGCUGCCGAGCAGGGACAGCAGGAUCCCAACAAAAACCUGAGUACCACUGCGGGCAUGAAUGUAACUUCUGAGAAGUUUGAAGGCAAAGAGCCGAUCCCGCAGGAUUCCUCUGGCUGUGAAAUAUUGCCCUUGCAGCCGAGGAGGACCAAGAGCUUCCUGAAUUAUUACACAGAUCUAGAGACAUCUGCGAGAGAGCUAGAGCAGAGUUUUGUUGCCAUGGAAGAUAAAUCUGCUCAAAGCAACAGCCAGGCUUCUACCGUUAUUGUCAAUGGGGAAGUCCUGCCCCGGAAACAAAACAAGAUGUCAAGCCCAGAGGAUGGCCAAGUUGCCACAGUGUCAUCAAGCCCUGAGACUAAGAAGGACCACCCAAAAACUGGGGCGAAAACAGAUUGCGCCCUCCAUAGGAUUCAAAACCUGGCCCCAAGCGAUGAGGACUCCAGCUGGACUACGCUGUCCCAGGACAGUGCCUCACCGAGCUCGCCUGAUGAAACAGCAGAUAUAUGGAGUGAUCAUUCAUUUCAGACAGACCCGGACUUACCACCUGGCUGGAAAAAAAUCAAUGACAUUGCUGGGGUCUACUACUGGCACAUACCAACAGGAACAACUCAAUGGCAACGUCCUGUAUCCAUCCCAGCAGAUCUCCAGGGCUCGCGAAAAGGAUCGCUUGGUUCCAUUACGCCGUCUCCUACUCCAGAAACUGAGGAUCUGCAUGCAGCCACUGUGAACCCAGACCCAAGUCUGAAAGAGUUUGAAGGAGCAACGUUACGCUAUGCCUCUUUGAAGCUCAGAAAUGGUCCACAAUCUGAUGAUGAUGAUUCUUGUAGCAUCAACAGCGAUCCAGAAACCAAGUGCUUCGCUGUGCGAUCUCUGGGCUGGGUAGAAAUGGCAGAAGAAGAUCUCGCUCCUGGAAAAAGUAGCGUUGCUGUGAACAAUUGCAUCAGGCAACUCUCUUACUGUAAAAACGACAUCAGAGACACUGUUGGCAUUUGGGGAGAGGGCAAAGACAUGUACCUUAUACUGGAGAAUGACAUGCUGAACCUGAUUGACCCCAUGGACCGCACAGUUCUUCAUUCGCAGCCCAUUGUGAGCAUCAGAGUCUGGGGAGUGGGUCGUGACAACGGCCGAGACUUUGCUUAUGUGGCAAGAGACAAGGACACAAGAAUUCUGAAAUGUCAUGUGUUUCGAUGUGACACACCCGCAAAAGCCAUCGCCACAAGUCUACACGAAAUCUGCUCAAAGAUUAUGGCCGAGCGGAAGAAUGCUAAAGCUAUGGCGUGCAGCUCUUUGCAAGAGAGGACAAACGUCACCCUUGAUGUUCCUCUGCAAGUAGAUUUCCCAACACCAAAGACAGAACUGGUACAGAAGUUCCACGUCCAGUACCUGGGCAUGCUGCCGGUAGCUAAACCUGUGGGAAUGGACACUCUGAAUAGUGCCAUUGAAAGUCUAAUGGCUUCCUCUAGCAAAGAAGACUGGAUGCCAGUUACCAUGAAUGUUGCUGAUGCUACUGUCACCGUCAUCAAUGAAAGAAGUGAAGAGGAGAUCCUGGUGGAGUGUCGCGUGCGGUUCCUGUCCUUCAUGGGAGUGGGCAAGGACGUUCACACCUUUGCCUUCAUUAUGGACACAGGAAACCAGCAUUUCGAGUGCCACGUGUUUUGGUGUGAACCGAACGCAGGCAACGUAUCGGAAGCUGUUCAGGCUGCUUGUAUGUUGCGGUACCAGAAGUGCUUAGUAGCCAGACCUCCUUCACAGAAAGUUCGACCGCCCCCCCCUCCCGCAGACUCGGUGACUCGAAGAGUUACAACGAACGUGAAAAGAGGAGUCUUGUCCCUCAUUGACACUUUGAAACAGAAACGCCCAGUCACCGAGAUGCCGUAGCGGCAUCCGAGAGAAGAUUCUCCUGCCGUUUAACUGAAGAUAGCAGUAGCUGCGCUAGGGAAAAUGAACUGACGAUGUCUGGCCUUCCAUUUCAAAUCGCUGAUGCUUUGUCUUCAGAGCAUUUACCCCUAUCAAAACAAUGUUAGACAAGCAUGUUCUCUCGUUCUUGCCACCAUCGUGUGAUAUGAAAAGAAGCAUGAAUAAUUUUUUUGCCAUCAAUGAGUUACAUCAUGAGCAACGGAAGGUCUUUGAUUGUAAAUACAGGAACGUUACCUAAACUCACACAAAAAAAGAGAAUAUGGCCGCGUCCCUCCCAGCGAACUCGUGCUGAAGUCCUUGGAGUGAGCGAUGCCUGAGCUGAUAGUUUCACCGUCUUGAGCUGGAUUUGUCACAAACCAAUCUUAAAUCCUACAGCACUUUGAUCUGUUUUCAACACUGGAGUAGGUACCAAGUAGGAGCUACCCUUGAAUUGCUGUAGAUUAAAAACCAAGUUUUAUUUUUUACAGAACUAUACCUGUUAGUUUUAAAUUGUUUGUCAGCGUUGGUCUAGCAACCACUUUAACAUCUCCCUGACAUGCUUUUGAAUCAUGGUGUCAUUAUUUUAUCUCCUGGUUAUACAUUAUGGUCUUAGGGAAGAAUUGUGUUUUAAUACCAAACCAAUGCUGAACAAUGCAGAAGUGUUUUCAGUAAUUGGGUCACAGGGUGAUCCACUGGAGCUUUUCAGCUUUAAACAUACAAAUGAAACUGUUGGCCGUUAAAUUUAUUCUUCUAAACCUGAUAUUAAUUUAUCAAAAAUGCCACUUAUUUCACACAGGGCUCAAACCAAUCAGGAGUAAGAAAGAACUAAUCAGUAAUUUUAUUGUCUUAAAACUCUUAGACUAAAAUAUUCCAUACCUUUUCCAAACAAGUGUGCGUUGAAAUGUUCAGUUCAGCGUCUGGUUGCACAGUUCCCCCUUUUCCCUCAGAAUUUGUUGCUGAAUGCUUAACAUGCUACAAAAAGAACAAUCGUGUUUCUUGUCGUUUACAAAAUGCCAUUAAUUUUUUUUUUUUUUUUUUUUUACUUUUAAUGCUCUUGUGACAAAAUAAGAAGAGAGUUGUUUCCUAACAGGAUAAUGCUUCAGGUGGUACAACUUGAUUUCAAUGCUUUUGCUCCAAAGACUUCAUCCAGUUGCUUUGGUUUACACACCACUGCAGGCCCUGACAAAGUCAGCCCAGUAUUGCCCCUUAAAAUUGUGCCUCUGGCUAAUUUUCCAAUGCAGUUGGGCAUCUGGAGUCUCUUCCUUUGCCAUCUUCUGUCUAGACCUGCAGAUUGGUCCAAAUUUUGGAAAUGGCACAUUAAAGAUAUUUGUAAUUAGUGUUAAAAAUGUUUUGCCUCCAUUUAUAGGAAUGUUCCAAACUGUAACUCCCAAGUCUGCAAAACUGGUCACCCUGUAAUUUUAAAAGAACAUCGGCAAGGUUGUUAUUUCAAGAACUCUUUUUUUAUUUUACUAUGCAAGAGACUCUUAUUAACAGGGUUUUUUUAUUUCCUUGUUUAAAGAAAUUAAUGGCAACACCUGGGCAAAGCAACUUAGGAACACAAGGGGAAAAGAAUGAUGAUUCAAGAAAUUUCUGCAUUGAAAAAUGCAGAAAAAUCAUUAAACUAAACUCAGCAUGAUGUGUGAGCAAGUGCCAGGUGAAGGCCAGCUGUGCAGCUAUUGUAAUUACAUCCAGCUCUCCGGAAUGCCCGCUGAAGGGCUGAUCCUCCCCCCACCUCAGGUGUCUGUAUGACUGUGAUUCCUGCACCCCAGGCACUGCAGCUAUUGUUUCCCCUGCCCGGGCUGAGGUUCCCGCUGCGUCCUGUGCACCAGCUCCAUGGCUUGUGCAGUGGCAAAGUUCCUGAUGCCGAGCAGGCCGGGGAGAGAGAGCGUGGGGUGGGGGGAUACAAACCAGCCCCCCUUUAGCAGAACUGAGCGUGAACUGGCCAUGAAGCCAGAGCUGGAGGUGUGGAGGUGGCAGCUUGCACACACACUUUAGUUUGUAGCAUCGAUCCCCGUGACGUCUGCUAGGAGCAGCGUGAAAACUCGCUCCCUGUCACGACUGCUGCCAAAACGUGGCAGCCAAUGUACCUUUAGGUAGGAUUGUGAAGUUGUGGGAUACAAGCUUCCUUAUUCCUGAUCAUGCUAGUGAUCCAAGUUUUGAGUUUAUUUUAAAUUACAGAAAGUACUUUGACAGCGUCUUUUUAAAGUUCCAGCUAGAAACUGGGUUUUGCAACUGUUCAUUUUAACAGAGUAAUUAAAUUUUGUAGUUGUUUUUGCACAGUGCCGAUUCUCCCAAGAGAGGUCUGAACUCUCUUUAAAUUAAACCCACACUUGGCGAAGAGCAAUGUAAAGGUUCUCCUACGUAGGUGUUGCCAUAGCCAUGGACAUCUGGUGAGCUUUGCCUGGCAAAGUGUUAAGUUGCAGGAGGGGUGAGAAGACAGAAGGGUAUUGGAAAAGCUGUAGGUCACUGGCCAAUAUGUUUUAAGAUUGUGUCCGUUAACAAAACGUUGUUGCUUUUGCAAAUACUUCAGUAGUGUGCUUAAUGGUCUGACUAUAUGUGGCCUUUUUGCUUCAGUAGAGCUCCUUCUUCUCCGAAAGACUAAAUAUACACCCAGGUGUUCGCAGAAUCAGAGCCUAAUAUUGCAAAGCCAGUUAUCUUUUUUUAAACAAUAUAUUAAGGCACUCUUUUUACCAUGGCCAAAAAAGUAUGUAUGGGGUAUGUGUGUUUGAGCAACUGCCACUGUUUUAGUUGAUGUUAUAGCGACUCUUCAGUUAUCUAUGCAUUUUUUUAUAAUAACUAGUGAUUCUGUAGGCAGGCAGCCAUGUUCACUAUGCCUUGUAUGUCUGAUACCAUAUUUUAAAUUAACCUGUUAAAUACAGCUUGAAAUAUUUUUAUUUUAUUUAUUCUAUUUUUACUGAAAUACCCUGCAUUAUUAUGUUGAUGUAUUGUCUUUACUGAACGUGCUAUUGUAACAUUCUCCACUCUGUACACUAUAGGUGGCCUAAAAAAAAGGCAGGCUUUGUAAUUAUUUGUAGUCACAUUUUUAUUGAAGUCUGUAGAAAAAUCAUGUAAAGCAGAGCUAAUUUCUUAAUUUUUUUCAAUGCAAGUAGCAAGUUAGAGGCAAGUACCACAUGUCAGUCAUGUCAUUAUUAUGCUCCCUUGCAGAAGCAAGGAGAUUUAUAUUUCACAGUCAACAACUAAGAGAUGAAAACCUUUCUUUUGAAAUCUGCAGUGCUGGCUGUAGGUUUUAUUUAAGCCACUUACCAUUUCAUUUGACGGGGAGCAGGGAGGGGUGUGGGAGAUCUAAAGCUACAGAGGCCACCUAUAGGGUGGUUAAACAUGAGUAACAAAUCCGCGUGGAAGGGCACAAAAUCCAUUCACAGUAAAAUGCAUUCUUAGCCAUAUACUUCAUUUGCAGAGUUACCUGUACCUAUAGAAACAAUACGCCCUUUUGUGACAGGGGAAGAAAAGCUGUGGACUGUCUCAUAGCUUACACCAGCUCUGUGUCACUAAGAGUUCUAUAUCCCUUUUCUUUUGAUUUUAUCAAACAUUUCAUAGAUCAUUUAACUAGGGAUCUAGAAUUGAUAGUGAAUCACCCAUGGAAAAUAACUUUAUUUCGACAGGUAAUAUGGUCUCAGCUGUUACAGCAUCAUCAUUAAUGCCAUUACUCCUUUCUUGGGCAGGUUAAUUAAUACAUUGCUACAACUUGCGCUGUACAGUCAGCAAUAGCAGGUUUUACCAGCAGUAAGAAGGAAGGAAACACACCCACUGUUUAUCAGCAGAGCUCGGUCUUGGGUAAAGCACCUGAUUGACAACAACAAGGACAAUUUUCCCCUCUGUUGACCACUUCUCCACAUUUAAAUGUAAUCUGCUCUGAGAAUAAAUUUAGCUGCAUAAAA